UUAUGUGACAAUGUUUAUUGUUUACAGGACGAUGAGGUUUGUUUGUUUCAUUGUGUUGAUUAUUGCGACACAAUGCAACGGGGUUUACUUCGACUUGGAAGAUUUCCUCGAGCAGUGGGAAUCUGAACAAGUAUUAACCACAUAUGAGUGCAGUAUGUGUAAGCGACCAGAUAUAAAGGGAAGCUCGCCGGUUAUAACAGAAUCCGAUGGAUUGUUACGUCAUAACCUGAAAUCUGACGUAACAAGUGACGCCCUGACAAGUGUUCAAGGUCUUGAUGAUGGAUUAGAUGACGUCACAGCAUCCAAUGACAAUGAGAUGACGUCACAGAAAGCAAAAGACGAUUUUUUUGACGACAUGAUUGGUGUGUCAAAUAUACAAGAUGUUCAACAAGGAGAAAGAGAUACAUCCAAGAUAAGAAAGCGAAGCGCCGAGACAAAUCAACAAGCGGUAUCGCGGUUUCUUCGCGUCUUUCAAGAUAAUUUGGAAAAAUGGCGGCGCAAGAAUGGGUUGGCAGGUUUCAACCGAGAGACGAAUCUAACGAAACACAACACUCAAAUUCACACAAAGGUAUCAUUAGCUUUCACGAAUUGGUUGAUCAAGGAACAGAAGGCGGCCACCAAGUUUAGAUUGAACGGUUUAGACUGCGCUCAAACAAGGAUGAUAAAAAGCAUACGGAAGACAAGUUCUUGUAAAGAACCCGCACUACGAAAGGAAGCUGUAUUGAAGCGAAACAGGAUUACAUCAAUCUACAGCAAAGCGAAAGUUUGUCGACCAAACCACCCACAUAAGUGUCUUAUGUACGAACCAGGACUCAUCAAUCUCUUCGCUAAGUCAAGGAAUUAUAGUGAACUGGUUUGGGCAUGGAAAGGGUGGAGAGAUGCGAUCGGACCGAAGAUACGAACGGAUUGGGAAAGAAUCAUUCAGAUCAAUAACAUAGGAGCACGCGAGAAUGGUUACCACGAUGAAGGGGCAUACUGGAGGCUUAAUUAUGAGCUGACAGAUCUGCAACAAGUUGUGAACAAACUAUGGGACGAACUUCGUCCUUUCUAUUUACAACUACACUCGUACGUGAGGUACAAGCUGCACCAGGAGUAUGGGAACCAUGUUAACUUAACGGGGCCAAUACCAGCAAACAUACUAGGCGAAAUCUGGGCAAUGUCGUGGCUUAACAUCUAUGACAUCACAAAGCCAUACCCGAAUGUGAACGCUUUCCAAGUCAACAAGGGAAUGAAGGAGAAGAAUUACACGACACAUGAUCUAUUCGUGCUUGCUGAUAACUUUUAUCAAUCUAUUGGUUUACCGGCGAUGCCGAAAACGUUUUGGGAAUUAUCUAUGUUUACACGACCAAAGAACCGAUCAGUGGUUUGUUAUGCUUCAGCUUGGAACCUUGGACACAAGACGGACGUCAGGGUGAAGAUGUGUGCUGCGGUCAAUGCUAACUACCUUUACACGGUGCAUCACGAGAUGGGACAUUGCCAAUAUUACCUCGCUUACAAUGAAGCUCAACCACCAGAGUUUCGGGCAGGGGCAAACUCUGGCUUCCAUGAAGCGAUAGGGGACACUGCAGCGCUGUCAGUCAUCAACCCAACGCAUCUGAAGAAACUUGGAAUUUUAAAGGAAGUGGAUUCGAACACGAAGUAUCAGCAAAACAUCAACUUCCUUCUACGAAGAGCGCUUGAGAAAGUUGCCUUCUUCCCUUUUUCUCUCUCGCUUGAAAACUGGAGGUGGGACGUGUUUAGUGGAAAGAUAACGAACAAGAACUUAAACGCUGGGUGGUGGGAGAAAAAAAUGAAAUACCAAGGCAUUAAGCCCCCGGUACCACGAUCCGAGCACGAUUUUGACCCCGGCUCCAAAUACCACGUGACCAGCGGAACCCCAUACAUAAGAUAUUUUGUCGCCCACAUCCUUGAGUUCCAAUUCUAUGAGAGCCUGUGCAAGUUAGCCGGACAUAAGGGGGACCUUCAUCUGUGUGACUUCCAGGGUUCAAAGGUGGCCGGGAAAAAAUUCAGAGAUAUGCUAGCCAUGGGAAGCAGUAAGCAUUGGAGUGACACCUUGCAUAAGUUGACGGGUUCGUGUCAUAUGAACGCAGGGUCAACAUUAAGGUUCUUUAAACCACUUCGCGAGUGGUUGGAGAAGGAAAACAAACGGUUGGGGAACAAGAUAGGAUGGGACUAAAGCUUAGAAUGGAUAAGGGGAAGAACUUUACUGGAGCAAUUUAGUAAUAGAAAUAAUAUAAACAAUUCGUAAAUAUUCGUUGCGUGGUAAUUUGCACGAUUUUUUUUCAAAGGGUUUAAAUUUUCUGUGUGUUGCAAAGUUUAAUAAAGUUUUUAAUGUUUCUUGUUA